AGUCUUGACAAAUAAUAUUCAUUUUUUUAAAUUUAUAUUGUCUUGACAAGCAACCACUUAUGUAAUUUCCGUAAUAAUAUAUUUAAAAAAAAAAAUAAGAUAAGAUAAGACAAACAAACUCUAAGAACAAUCAGAUAAAUAUACUUGAUUAUGACGGAAUGAGUUUAUUAGUUAUCGAAUCAUUGUGUGUUUCGUUACAUUCAAAAAUGACAACUCAAAAUUAUAUUCAUGCAACUGUCCUUGCUAUUGUUUUAGCAACUAUAAUUAGUGAAGGGACAUCAAUAAUUUGUUACGAGUGUAAUUCUAUUUCUAAUCCUGACUGUGCAAAUAAUGUGGAAAAUAUUAAACCAAUUGAUUGUUCUAAUAAAACAAAUAGUUUUCCAAUAAAUCACGAGAUAAAUAAUUAUCAACAACGAGUCUCUGAAAAUACUUAUUCAGCAUGCAUCAAAGUUGUAGCACAAUCUCAAUUUUUUCUGGGCAAAGCUAACAGUACAGGAACAGCAGUUGGCAGAGCAUGUAUCAACAAUAAAACAGUUGGGUUAGUAAUUUGCAAUACCCUUAAAUCAAAUGAAAGUGUAACUUCUUGUGAUGUUUGUACUGACAAUGAAUAUCAACAAUGACUUUCAAAAUAAUUUCAAUAAUAUUUCCAAUUGGAAUUGCUCUUUACUUGGCAUAAUAAACAAAAAUUAUUGCAAAAUAAUCUAAUAAAAAAUUAAUGUACUGACAUUUUUAAUGUAAACUAAAAAAAAUACAAGUAUAUAAUAAAUUUUAAACUCUAAAAAAAA